AUGAGUUAUCAACGAGGAGGAGGUGGAGAAGGAGGCAAAUCAAAGGGUUUUGGUUUUGCCGGAUUCCAAGUGGCUGGAACGAAACGUAGUGGAGUUAAUAUUCCACCACCUACCGUAAACUCAUCAUUAAGUAAACAAGGAUAUCAUACCAUGAAUUCUAUCACAGAAAAUGCGCUUUCCGCUUGUUGGGGAAUGCCUAAGAAACGUAGCAAAACAGAAGAAGAAUAUUUUGAGGAUGAUGAUGAACCUCCAGCACCUGCACUAGAAUAUAUACCAGCGCCUGGUUCUCCAAGUUAUGAUUUAAUGACCAACGAACAGAAAAAAAGUGAUAGUGAUAGUGAAGAAGAUCCUCUAGAUGCUUUUAUGGCUGGAAUUGAUGCAGAAGUGAAAAAAAAUAAUUCUAAAGCUCAAGCAACAGAAGAUGAUCGAAAAGAAGAUAAAUCGAAGGGAUUUAGACAAGACAUUGAUGGUGAAGAUGAUGAAGAAAGUUACUAUAGAUAUAUGGAAGAAAAUCCAACAGCUGGAUUACAACAAGAAGAAUCUGAUCCAGAAGUAGAAUAUGAUGAAGACGGAAACCCUAUCGCAGGAAUAAAAAAAAAGGAUAUUGAUCCUUUACCUCCAAUAGACCACAGUGAAAUUGAAUAUGAAGCAUUUGAAAAAAAUUUUUACAAUGUACAUGAGGAUAUUGCUAAUUUAAAUAAAGAACAAGUUGAUGAAUUAAGAAAAACUUUAGGAAUUAAAGUAACCGGAGCUGCUGCUCCAAAACCGGUUGUGAGCUUUGGUCAUUUCGGAUUUGAUGAUGCUAUUAUGAAAGCCAUUCGCAAAAGUGAAUAUACACAACCUACACCUAUUCAAUCACAAGCAAUACCCGCAGCUUUAAGUGGUAGAGAUAUUAUAGGUAUUGCUAAAACAGGAAGUGGAAAAACCGCUGCUUUUAUUUGGCCAAUGUUAGUUCAUAUAAUGGAUCAGAGAGAAUUAAAAGAAGGAGAUGGGCCUAUAGGUCUUAUUUUAGCGCCAACAAGAGAAUUAUCACAACAAAUCUUUCAUGAAGCUAAAAAGUUCGGAAAAGUAUAUAAUAUACAAGUCUGUUGCUGUUAUGGUGGUGGAAGCAAAUGGGAACAAAGCCAAGCAUUAGCAAAUGGAGCGGAAAUUGUUGUUGCAACACCAGGAAGAAUGAUAGAUUUGGUUAAAAUGAAAGCUACAAAUCUUACACGAGUCACUUUUUUGGUGCUUGAUGAAGCUGACAGGAUGUUCGAUAUGGGAUUUGAACCACAAGUACGAUCUAUUUGUAAUCAUGUACGACCUGAUAGACAGACAUUAAUGUUUAGUGCAACAUUUAAAAAAAAAGUUGAAAAACUUGCAAGAGAUGUAUUAACAGAUCCUGUUCGUAUAGUUCAUGGAGAUGUUGGAGAAGCAAAUACUGAUGUUAGUCAAUAUGUAAUUGUUUUUCAUAAUAAUCCAACUGGUAAAUGGAAUUGGUUACUUCAAAAUAUUGUUGAAUAUUUAAGUGCUGGAAGUUUAUUAAUAUUUGUCACAAAAAAAAUUAAUGCUGAAGAGUUAGCAAAUAAUUUAAAAUUGAAAGAACAUGACGUUUUGUUAUUGCAUGGAGAUAUGGAUCAAGUUGAAAGAAAUAAAGUAAUCACAUCAUUUAAAAAAAAAGAAGUAAAUAUUUUAGUAGCAACUGAUGUUGCUGCACGUGGUCUUGAUAUUCCACAUAUCAAAACUGUCAUAAAUUAUGACGUAGCCAGAGAUAUUGAUACUCACACUCAUCGAAUUGGUAGAACUGGACGUGCUGGUGAAAAAGGAACUGCAUAUACUCUUGUCUCUGAAAAAGAUAAAGAAUUCGCUGGGCAUUUAGUAAGAAAUCUUGAAGGUGCUGAUCAAGAAGUGCCAAAGAGUUUGAUGGAUUUAGCUAUGCAGAGCUCAUGGUUCCGAAAAUCACGAUUUAAAAGUGGAAAGGGUAAAAGUUUGAAUGUUGGAGGUGCUGGACUCGGUUUUAGGGAGAGACCUAAGUCUUCGUCAAGUCAGGCAGGAAAAUCUCCUUCCCAAGUUCCUAAAGACAUUAGUGAAGUUGUAAAAAAAUUAGAAAGACAAGGGCCUGGUAGUGAUCGACUUGCUGCUAUGAAAGCAGCAUUUCGAAGUCAAUAUAAUACACAAUUUCGAGCAUCAAGUGAUCACACGUGGGAACAGACAAUUCAACCUCCCUCUGUUGUCAUGCCUCCUCCGCCACCACCCUCUGCUGCACCAACUCCAGCUUCUAGUACAGAUCAAACAACCUCUAGUACUGGAGAUUCUGUUAAAGGAGAAAGAAAACGUGUGCGAAAAAGUCGAUGGGAAUAGGAACGAUAUCAGAUUGGAAUCAAGUGGCGAUAUUUUUUACGAAAAGCCUAUUUUUGAAUGAAUGUAAAGCACUCUCUUUACCUGGCUUUUAAAAUAUUGAGAAUGAUUCAUCAAAAAUCAGGGGAGUCAGGUAAGGUGUGGUCGAUUAGAGAAAACGUAUGUGCCCACUGACCAGAGAUUGUUGUUGCUGAUUACACGUGUUGCAAUUGAAUUAAAAAUAUUGAUAAGCAUAAGUCGAAUCUGAAACACGCUCGACUUGAAGCAGAUCAUCUACAUAUUUGUGGGAAAGCUUGAAACGUAUUACAAGCAUAUUACAAAUUAAUAAAAGUGAUAUAGAACAAA